CAUCAGAAACGCAGCUCGGAACUUAUAAAACUGUCAACAAACGGACACUCCUGUCCACACACGCCUCCAUUAAACCUGUUUUUCGGCGGGUAAUGUGCGUGUGCUCCGUGUCAGAGCACAGGGACUAUGUUGAAUGUUGGAGGUGUAAAUAAAGCAGAGGUCAGACAUGGAAACCACGGUCAUGCCGGUGCUGGAAAGACCCGCGGCGGAGCUCACCGUCGUGGAUGUGUACGACAUCGCCGCGGUGCUCGGACAGGAGUUUGAACGGAUCAUCGACCGCUUCGGGUGCGAGUCUCUGGUCGGAGUGGUGCCCAAGGUGGUGCGGGUCCUGGAGCUGCUGGAGGUGCUGGUGAACCGGGGAGCCGGAAGACAGGAGGCCGAGGAGCUGAGGAGGGAGCUGGACAGGCUGCGGCAGGAGAGGAGCGACAGAUACGAACAGGAGAGGAAGCACCAGAUGGAGUUGGAGCUCGUGGAAGAUGUGUGGAGAGGGGAAGUACAGGACCUGCUUUCUCAAAUCACUCAACUUCAGGCAGAAAACAAGAAGCUGCUCGUGAGUCUGUCACUCAAAGAGUCACCUGUCACAGAGGAAGACCUGCAGAAACAGGAGGGAAUGUCAGAGAAGGAGAGGCAGGUGAUAAUGAAGCUCAAAGACUUGGUGGAUAAGCAGAGGGAUGAAAUCCGAGCUAAAGAUCAUGAGCUGACACUCAGAAAUGAAGACGUUGAAGCGCUCCAAAUGCAGCAGCAGAGGUUGAUCAGAAUCAACCAGGAUCUUCGUCAUAGAACUGGAGUGGUGGAGGCCCAGGGAAAGAAACUGAUCCAGCAGAGGGCUGAGCUGGAGGCUGCGGCCCAGGCCCGGCAGCAGGAGCUGUCAGCUGUGCAGCUGGAGGUGAUCAGGCUUAAAAAGGAGCUCCGGGAGUUGGAGCUGGAGAGGGAGGUUGCAGAUAUAGAAGAGACCUGUCUCCCUAGAUCUGACAUGUCGUCACCUGCGUCGCUGCAGGUAAUGUCUUCAGCAGCAGCACCAGAUAAUGCCAUCAAACCAAAUUCAGUGUGGGUGGAGUGUGGAGGGGACCCUGGUUUCCUAGCGAGCUGCUUUGAGCAUGAUAACAAUCCAUCGCCUCUUCCAAGGACAAAGACCAGAAAAGAUCCUGAGAUAGAUUCUGUUGAAGAUGAGGACACGACAGCUUUGUUACUGGAUGUAUCAGCCGAUACAGAGUCGGAGGAGGAGGAAACGGACAAACCUCGCUUUACUCUGCAGGAGCUGCGGGACGUCCUGCAGGAGAGAAACGAACUCAAAGCCCAAGUAUUCAUGCUACAGGAAGAGCUGGCAUAUUAUAAAACUGAAGAAUUUGAGGAUGACAGCAGUUCCUUUGUCUGUACUUCAUCUCCUGAACCAUGCACUGCCUCUAAUGAUCAGCCUGAAUCAGGCAUUCGCCGCCUGAUCUUCACUGCCAUAAUGCCAAUGGUAGCAGCCGGUUUGAUUGCAGAUGAUCCUACGUUGUUGCCAAUCCGAAGACUUGUUUCCUUUGUAUGAUCUCUGAAAUGUAUUUGAUUCUUACUGGUUAUUGUUCUUAUUUUACCACACUGUCAAACCAAAGUGUACAGAACAGUAUGAAUUGUUUUAAUGAUCAAAUAACUUUGAUAUUUUACAGUAAAUAUAUAUGAUCUAUGCAAAUUUUAGAAAUAUGACAAAUGUGGACCUUUGGGUUUUUACUCAGACUUUAUGGUACAUUUAUCAAAUUUUAUAAGAUCUUUAAAAGAAUGUAAGUGAACGUAUUGUAUAGCAUCUAGUUUUUAUGGACUGUGUGUAUUUAUGUUAAUACUCAGGUUUUUGUGGCUUUAUGAAAAGUCACCACCUGUCAGUCAGUACAUCAUUUUAUAUUAUACAAUGAAAAGGUUUUGCUCUGUUGCUUUAUUACAAAGCUUGAUGCUUCAUAAGAAAAGGUCCCACUGUUACUGUAGAGGGCAUUGCCUUUGCGUACCAGGAUGGUGAACCAUGAACAGCUCAGGAGUUCAGGAGAAUAUCUUAAACACUUUGACAUAUCUAUGAAUUUUGACAUAUCUAUGAAUUUUUCUAAGUAACAGUGUUGUGUUUUUAGAGGUGGGUCCAGACCUGUGAAGAGUAAUGGGACAUCCUGGGUAUUUUGCCUGGAGGUGAUGUUGAAAUGCAUUUGAUUGUGUGAGGAUGUUAAAGUUUUUAAGUCGUGUUUUAAGAUGCUGCAGGUGAGUUAGGUGCCUCUGUAUUCCUCUUAAAGUCUGUAUGAGAUAAUUUGCUUGGUAAGCACUUCAUUGCCCCUGAUUUGAUAAGAGGGGCAUUCCUUUUGCAUGUAUUUAAGACAUGUCUUAACUGGAUUAUAUUUGUAAAAUAUUGUUCACUAACAAUAAAUUACCAGUUUUAAAAGUAA